AUGGGUAAGCCACAGUAUAUCCAAAAGUUUCGAAUGGAGUGGCUCAAGGAUAAAGCAUUUGCAGAUUGGUUAAAGAAAGUUCCAGAAGACGAUUCAAAAGCGUUCUGUAAGUCCUGUUUGUGUUCAAUUCGUGCAAGACGUCCUGAUCUUGUAACCCAUGCUGCGACAAAAAAGCAUAAGUCCGCUACAAAUGCAAUUCAAACCCACGCUAAUAGAAUAAAGGUUGUAACACCGUGUACUAAAACUGCACAAACUGAAGCUUCACUAUCUCUAUUCAUAAGUGCUCACUGUUCCGUUCUUUCUAUUGAUCAUCUUGGAGAGCUAUGUAAAGAAAAAUUUCCUGGGUCCAAACAAGCAGAAAACUUAUCUCUUCAUCGAACAAAAUAUGAAUCAACAGAUAUUUCUGUAACCAAGUAUUUGGGAAUUGCCAUAAUGUAUUUCAGUACUCAAAAAAGUACUAUUGUAACCACAUUUUUCGGAUUAGAAAAGUUAGUUGAAUGCAAUGCUCAAGCUAUAGUAGAAUCAGUUGAAAAGUCAUUAGAAACAUAUCAAAUAGAUAUAAAAAAUUUAAUUGGCAUAGGUACAGACAAUGCCAGUGUUAUGGUUGGUAUUAAUAACGGUGUGCAUGCCUUAUUAAAAAAAUACAAUCCAAACUUAAUUUUGAUUCGAUGCGUAUGUCACUCAAUCCAACUAGCUACAUCAUUUGCAUGCUCACAAACUUUACCAAGGCAUCUUGAUUUUAUGAUAAGUGAGACGUAUAAUUGGUUUUCAAAAUCAUCUUUACGGCAACAAUCAUAUUUAGACUUAUUUAAAACAAUGAAUGAUGGCCAUGCACCUCUGAAGAUCGUCAGAGCAUGUAGUACUCGAUGGUUGUCAAUUGAAUCUGCAGUAUCGCGAAUAAUUGAUCAAUGGUUAGAACUUAAAUUACAUUUUCAACUUGCUCGUUCAAAUGAAAAAUGCUUUACUGCUGAAGUUUUAUACGAUAUGUAUUGUAAUGAACAGAAUUUGGCUUUUUUUCUAUUUUUGAGACCUGCUUUAGCUAAUGUACAAAGUGUGAAUAAAUUGUUUGAAAGCAAUAACGUCGAUCAGACAAAGUUAGCGAUUGAUUUAUCGACAUUGGUAGUCUCCUUGGGUAAAUUAAUCGUAUUACCUUCAUUUAAUUUUGACCCAGUUACAAAUGAGAAUUUUAUUAAUCACUUACACCCUAAACCGUUUUUGGGUUAUAGUUUUGAAAAUAAAGUGACAGAAUUAAAAAAUAAUGGCUCACUUAACGCUAAUGGUGAACAAGUAUUAAGAGACAGAUGUAUUAAGUUUACUACUAUUUUAAUUCAACAACUCCAACAAAGAUUACCAGAGAAUUUUAAAUGGCGUAAAAUUAAUGUUUUACUGUGGAAUGAAACAACCAAUGUUGUACAAUUUUGGGUUGAAGUCAAGAACUACACAGAUGCCUGUGGUGAGAAUCCCCUAAAAGAAUUGUCUGAACUAGCACUAACGACUUUGUCAUUACCUUUUUCAAAUGCAGAAGUAGAGAGGGUGUUUAGCCAGAUGAACUUAAUUAAAAGCAAAACAAGAAAUAGAAUGGGAACUGAGCUAUUAACAUCUCUACUACAAAUACGAUCUGGUCUGAAAAGGCAUGUGCUACAAUUCUGGCAACACUGA